CUGCUUUGCGAGCCCAGCUUUGUUUGCCCAGAGGACCUCGCUGCCACUGUCACCAGUGCCAGACCUGCGGCCAACGAUGAGAAGGCAUCGAGGGAGAAAGAAGAGACGGCGUGGCAAGAGGAUCGGACGCUUCGUGGUCAAGAGUGGAACGGCGUGGCAAGACAACGGAGCAAGAGGAUCAGCAGCUUCGUGGUCAAGAAGAAGGCGUCGAGGGAGAAAGAAGAGACGGCGUGGCAAGAGGAUCGGACGCUUCGAGGUCAAGAGUGGAACGGCGUGGCAAGACAACGGAGCAAGAGGAUCAGCAGCUUCGUGGUCAAGAAGAGGUGGCACGAGGGACCCUCUGGGCAUAGCAUCCCUGGUAUUUCCAGGGCGCAGAUUCCUAAGAGUCUGCUGGGCACCUUCACGGUUCCCUGUUUUGUGCUGGGCGACCUCCCUGUAACCAGGGCUGGGUCUUUGCGUUGCAGCCGUUGGCCUUUUGCCAUUGGGCUGCUUUUGCUGGCCAGAGAGAGGGGCAGCCCUGUAAGGAGGGUGAGAGCCCCGGUCUCUGCAGCCAAGGGGGGAAGUGGAGCACCCCCAGGCCGCCCUUUAAGCAGGGCUGGGCCUUUUCCCCUGGUCCAUGGCUUUGUGCCCCUGGCCAGCAUGUGAGCCCUGUACUCGGGGCGUGUCACAGCCUGCUGUGCCUUGGCCUCCCCUGAAUCCUCUGAGCGGGUUUAGGCCCUUGUGGCCUCCCUGCAGCCGCCCCCUGCCCGGGACAGGCCUGAAGCUCUUGGUCUUGUGUUCAGCGGCAGGCAGGCCCCCUGGUCUGUGCACAGAGCUCGCUCCCUCUCCUGGCCCCUUGUCCUUCCCCGUGUGUUGCCCUGUCCACCUCAGUGUGAGCGAGGCGGUGUGUGUGUCCCUUUGUCCCCGUUAGGAAUAGAGCAGAGUAGCUUAGGCUUCCCAGGAGAGGAAGAGGAGCUGUGUGACUCAGCCAGGGGUGCCCUGUCACAGCGCGGGCAGAGACAGAGCCCGGCCUGGCCCUUUGCUCCUGAGGACAGAGCGAAGCCGCUUAGUGGCGGCGCGGGCUGCGGGCCCCGCCUGUAGCCAGGCCUGGGGCUGUGCCCGUGC